UGAUAAUUGUGCUGUAAAUUUCGGGAUGACGUCGGGGGUGACGAUCGCGAAGGUGGGGUGUCUACUGUUAUAAAUAUUAAACAAAUACUGGUGAAGACUAGUGUCUGGGGACCGGGUACUAACCAAAGCCGAAAGAUGAAUGUGCUGAAUACGGGAGGGAUACCCCUGAGCGCGCUCAGCCCCAAGUAUCUCCACACGAACUCCACCAGCCACACCUGGCCGUUCAGCGCCAUCGCGGAGCUGAUCGACAAUGCAUACGACCCAGAUGUCAUGGCUAAGAAGUUCUGGAUUGACUUGACUCGAAUAAAGGGGUUUGACUGCCUUACAUUUCAGGACAACGGGAAGGGUAUGACAAAGGAAGGAAUGCACAAAAUGCUGAGUUUCGGGUUCAGCGAUAAGCAAGCUGUCAGAGGCCACGUCCCAGUGAGCGUGUAUGGAAAUGGCUUCAAGUCCGGUUCUAUACGUCUGGGGAAGGAUGCCAUUGUCUUCUCCAAGAUAAGGGACACUAUGAGUGUGGGGCUGCUGUCCCAGAGCUACCUGGAGAACAUCCAGGCCAAGCAUAUGGUGGUCCCCAUCGUCACCAUCGGACACGAUGGGCAGAGCCCAGUUGAGGAUGCAGCCAGUCUGCAAGACAUUCUCAAACACUCCCCCUUCAACACAGCGGAGGAGCUCCUCACUGAGCUGAGGGCCAUUACCUCCAUCAGCCCUACCGGCACACGCAUCAUCAUCUGGAACCUGCGCAGAGGUGCGAAUGGAGAGACGGAGUUUGAUCUCAGCAUGGACAGGUAUGACAUCCGGAUCCCGGUAGAUGUGUGUGAGACCCACAAGAACCAAAAAGUCACACAGUCAGUACCGGAGAUCAUCUACUCGCUGCGUGCGUACUGUAGCAUCUUGUACUUAAAGCCUCGCAUGCAGAUCAUCAUCAGAGGUCAGAAGGUGAAGAUGGAGCUCAUCUCCAAGAGUCUGGCAUUAACCCACAAAGGCCAAUAUAAACCUGUCUUCCUUAAGGAACGCAUCCCAAUCACCUUUGGAUACAACAUUAAAAGCAAGGAUCAUUACGGCAUGAUGAUGUACCAUAAAAACCGUCUAAUCAAGGCAUUUGAGAGGGUGGGCUGCCAGCGCAAGAGUGCUAUCCGUGGUGUCGGAGUAAUCGGUGUUAUCGAGUGCAACUAUCUGCAGCCCACACACAACAAGCAGGACUUUGACGAUACUGAUGAAUACAGGAGAACUAUGGCUAACCUGGCAGUGAAGCUGGAGGAGUACUGGGAUGAAAUCCAGUACAAGCAUAAGGACUGCUCAGUACCAACAGAAGAUACUGUGAAGGCUCCUGAUCAGAACUGGGUGCAGUGUGAUGACUGUCUGAAGUGGAGAAGGCUCCCAGAUGGUAUCAACUCUAAAUUGCUCCCUGACGAGUGGUUCUGCCACAUGAAUCCAGAUCCCCAGUACAGGAGCUGUGAAGCAGCGGAGGAGCUUGAGGAUUCAGAAAACGAGCAGCAGUGUGACCCAAAACCUUACAAGAGACACAAGAGAAUGAUAAAGAUGCAGGAGAAAAAGGACCAACAACAGAUGUCAGCACCAGCAUUACCCCUUCCAGCCACACCAUUGUCAGACAGUGAGUGGUGGAGACCUGCAGAGGACCCUCCCGCUGGCCUCUCAUCUGAGAGCUUCACCCAUCCCAGCUGCUCAGGUCACAACGUGCCCAAUGAUACCAUGAUGAUGGACUGCGAAGACCAUGUGUCCACAUCUCCGGAAAGGGUGAAGCAGGUGCCUCCACACGCUGUUGGGGUCUCGUCCAUUGACACAGAGAACACGGAAUUGGCAGCACCUUCUGUCCCUCAUAUGAUUUCAGUCGCCACUCAAAUGAGCAUCAAGCAGGAGGAGACCUGGGGAGAGACCGGGACUGAGGAAACAUGUGAAAAUAGGAGGGCAGGAGAUGGCCUUCAAAGCCCAGUGCUGGAGGUCCAGCAGCCAGAUGGGCUACUGGACACAUACAAGGAGCAGUUGGAGGACAUGGUGAUUGAGAACAGUAACCUGUCCUAUCAGUGUGAACAGCUGAACAGAGAACUGGAGCAGCUGAGAACAAGUGGAGGGACAGGGAUGCCCAGCCCUGGAGAAGAGGCCCAGAACGACGUGAACAUCUCCUCACAAGAAGAUACCUGCAGAAAGCUGAGGAACCUCCGGCAACGCAUCGGCCGUCUCCUGGUCACCUUUGUCCCUACGUUAGACUUGGAAGAGAUUAAUUUUGACAGUGAUGACAUGGAUAAGAUACUGGACCAGGUCUUGAAUGAGGUCACUGAGGUCUGACUUGGUCUCCAUUCUGGGUGGCCCAUGCAGGUCAAUUCUGACUUUGUCCAAUUUUUAUUCUGGAAAUAAUUUGCAAUGGAAAGAUAUGUGCUACAUGCAUAUAUAUAUAUAUAUAUAUAUAUAUAUAUAUAUAUAUAUAUAUAUAU